AUGAUAAUCGACGUUUACGUGACCAAUUUUAAAGGAGAAUAUUGCGACGAGGAAGUAAAGAAACAGUUGCCAGUGGUACCAAAAUGCUGUGCAAGCGGGCAAAAUCUAUCUGUGACUUUUGAAGAUGGUAAAUUUAAAAGUGUAUGCUCUCGGUCCGCACUCACUUUCCAACCGAUAUUCCAUAAAGCUAAUGAAACACAUAUUUGGAGUUACGAUAGCAAUCUAUUCGAGACAAUCGUUGGGAAUCCCUGCACAUACGACAGAUACAAAUUAGAACCAGACAAAUACAGUAAAGAUGAAUUUUAUCUUUUAUUCAACGGCUCCCUAUUCGUGCCAUUUAGCGAUCCACCCCUACUCGGUACUAGAGACUUUUGUAUGGAAACAUUUUGGAAUGAGUCUUAUCCAGCCGGGGUUACAUUACCUUUAGUAUGUUUUUCGUCGCCAAUAGAGGAAAUCAAAACUUCUGCUACUCUUAUUGCCUAUGCUACAGGUUUGAUAAUAUCAGUGCCGUUCCUUCUGGCUACGGCAUGUGUGUACUUAUUUAUUACUGAGUUGAGGGACACACAUGGCAAGGCGUUGGCAUGUCAUUCGAUUUGCCUCGCUAUAGCGUUCAGCUGCUUAGCUGCCACUCAAUUAGCUGGACAUGCGUUUCCAUCUACUGCUUGUAACAUAAUGGCUUAUUUAAUCCAGUUUUCCUUUGUAUCCUGUUUCUUCUGGUUAAAUGUUAUGUGCUUCGACACUUAUUUAAACGUACGAAGAUACAUACAUUCAUCGGUCAGCAGAAGAAGUAUGAGGCGAAGAUUUGCGUGGUACUGCGCAUACGCAAUUCUAUUACCAAUUAUUUUGCUUGUAGUAACAAUUACAAUGGAUUUGUCACCAGCUGUACCUAGUACAUAUUUAAAACCUAACUUUGGAGUUAAAGGCUGUUGGUUUAAAACGGACCAGGCGGCAUUACCCUAUUUUUAUGGGCCUGUGGCGGUCAUCUUGUUUAGUAAUCUUGUCAUAUUUUUGUUUACUUCACGAGCUUUUGCAAAGCAUUAUGAUAAGUUUAAGGAUGUUACACCAUUAGAUAUAGCACAUUCAGACUUCAGUACAUCAGAUGACUGGGUCAGACUCGGCACAGUUUUAGGACAGCCAGUACCAGUGCAAGAACGGAACUCAUCCCCACAGCGGGAUACGCAAAUAACCUUCACUCAAAGAUUGAAGAAAUAUAAGAAAAUAUUUCGGACAUGCUGUCUUCUGUCCAUCAUAAUGGGCCUAUCUUGGGUCCUAGAAGUGGUGUCAUGGGCAGCCGGAACUGGUACAUCUGCAGUAUCUGUGUGGUCCAUAUUUGACCUAAUCAACGCUUUGCAAGGGGUCGUAAUUUUCGGCAUAUUUGUUUUACAACAGCCCGUCCGUUCUUUUGUUAAGAUCUCAAAACUUUGCAAAACGUGCAAAAGGAAAAAAGAUGAGUCAGAGGUGUCAGUGGUGAGUGACAGGAAUAGCAUCGACUGUGGUUCGGGAAGAAGGGACUACGUG